AUGUCUGCAAACGACAUCAAGGCCGUCGUCUAUGACUUUGGAGGAGUCAUCCUUUCGUACGAAACCGUCCGAGCAAAGUGGAAGGCGAUGUCGACGGCUCUCGGGCUUCCGGAGAACGCCGUUUAUACAGAGUGCCUCAGCGCCGAGUUCUCGUCCUGGCUGGGUCCGGAGCGGAGUCUUUUCCAGGGAACAUUAACGGUCGACGAGAUCGAGGGAGGCCUUUUCUUCGAUUACCUUCGCGAAAAGGUCAGUUUCCAUUCCGUUCACUCAUUUUAAUUGGACUGAUUAAAGUAUGGAGAUACGCUGGAUUACACUGUCUCAGUGAGACCGUAUACCGAAUGUUUGCGAGGGGAUAACGUUCGGAUCGUGAGUUGAACACUAGGAAACCCCUGUGAAUCCCACUUGAUUACAGUACAAGGAGAUGGAAAGAACUGUUCAAGUUCUACACGAACGCGGGUUCAAGACUGCGAUGCUCACUAAUAACAUGUACUUGGAUGUGGUCAGUUAUCUCCUUCCUCCAAUCGGUUCCUUCCCGAACAUUAACUGUUUCAGGAGAAGAAAGAGAGGCGGCUUCCGUGUGAUCUGACAUAUUUCGACGAGGUUGUCGAGUCUUGUUGCGAGCACAUGAUGAAGCCAGACCUCCGUUUUUAUAAACUGGUUGAGGAGAGACUCGGAGUGAAGGGCGAAGAGAUUCUGUUUUUGGACGACCUUCAGGAGAACAUCGACGCCGCUGAAGCCCUCGGAUGGAAGACGAUUCUCGUGAAAGACAUCAACGUCGCCAUUGCGGAGCUCGAGACGAAGACUAACGUCAAGUUUUGA